AUGGUUACAUUCAAAGAUCAUAUUACCGGUGAUUUAUUAAUGGAGUCUGACAAUGGAAAAUUCGAAUUCGUCGAAGAACUUUUCUUCAAAUUUCCUGGAAAUUAUAUUGAAGUGGAGACGGCUUCAGAAGGAAGAAAAACUGUGAUUGAUGUGAUAUGGAAGUAUAAAUUGAAGAAAUUCGACAUGUGGCGAGUUGAGAAGGACAUUUUCGAUUUCGGAGAGAAGUUGGGAGAGCUUGUCGAGACGAAAAUGUAUAGAGACAAAGCAGAUUUCACUUAUAUGAUUGAUUACAUUUUCAAUCUGAGAGCAUGGUUCAGAGCUAAUCGAGAAACGAAGGAUAUCAAGGUAUUCAUGGGCCCAUCAUCAACCUACAUGAAUCAUGCUUACGCAAAGAAUUACACUCCAGUUUUUGUUAAAGAAGAAAAUGGAAUUCCAUUCAUUUAUAUAUUCAAAGAAACAGUUCAUGCAGAUGGUCUGAUUGAAGAUAGAAUAUCGAGAAUGUCUCUGAAAGAAACUGAAGAUUUCCCAGGACAACCAUCACAAAAUACUGAAAACGUAUCGGAUGACGAAGAUGAUGAAAAGGAAGAAAAGGAGAAGAAACAAUCAGAAAAUAUUGAGAAAAAAGAAGAGAAUAUUCCAGCAAUGAAAUCGGAAACAGCUGCCCAGUGA